GAAACAUUUUCCCACUCUCCAAACACCAAGAAAAAUCCCUCAUUGCUUCCUCCCACAAGAAAAAGCCAAGUCAAGCCCAAGGCUGAACUGUCGAAGCCUAUUCAUUACCACCACCCCUUGGCUAAAUAGCUAACUUGUACAGAAACAUCAAGUUUGGUAGUGUUAGCUCAUCUUCUCAUUUCCAUCUUCUUUUUUUCCACCUCUCUCACAUACCACUUUCUCUCUCACUAUUAGACACACUUUUAUCUCUCUUUCUUUCUCCCUCUCUCCAUCUUUCUCGAGAUGGAAUUGCCGGUAAAGUUGCCUGUUUCGGGUGGCAAAAAACCUCCAUACAAAAUAGAAACCAAAAACUUGUCCUACACAUUUUGCAGCCCAUACAAUGAAUUCAAUUGGGCUCUUCGGCGUUGCAAGACGGCGAAGAGGUCCCCUAGUUUCAUAUUAAAAGAUGUGAAUUUCGAAGCCAGGCCCGGGGAGAUCACCGCCAUUGUGGGUCCUAGUGGGGCUGGAAAAACAACACUGCUAGAAAUUGUCGCGGGAAAGGUAUCGUCGCCAAGUAAAGUGUCCGGUCAGGUACUCGUAAACCACGGUCCCAUCGAUGCAAAAUGUUUUCAGAGAAUUUCAGGCUAUGUCACUCAAGAAGAUGCUCUAUUUCCUUUACUAACUGUUGAAGAAACACUAAUGUAUAGUGCUCUUUUGAGGCUACAGGGUGGGAAAACAGAGGCGGCGAGCAGGGUCAGAGUUCUGAUGAAUGAUCUUGGAUUGGAUAUGGUGGCGGGUUCACGGGUAGGUGAAGGGUCGAACCAUGGUGUUUCGGGAGGGGAAAGGAGGCGGGUUUCAAUUGGAGUUGAGUUAGUCCAUGAUCCUCCUGUUGUUUUUAUUGAUGAACCAACUUCAGGGUUGGAUUCAAAUUCAGCUCUUCAAGUUGUGACACUGCUCAAAUCAAUGGUUGUGAAUCAAGGUAAAACCAUUGUUGUAACAGUCCAUCAACCUGGUUUUCGAAUCCUCGAGCUGUUCAAUAGAGUUGUUCUUCUUUCAAAUGGGGUUGUGAUUCACAAUGGAUCAAUAAAACUUCUUGAAGAUACACUAAACAUUGUCGGCUAUCGUGUGCCUAAACACAUCAACGUGCUCGAAUUUGCCAUUGAUGUCACAGGGAAAAUGAUCAUACAAACAGAAAUUCUCAACAGCCAAUUAUUUCUCAAUGAUCACGAAGAAGCUAGAGAAAAAGAACACAAAGACGACAUCAAACAAAACCUCCUGUCCUACCCGAACUCUCGGUUUGAAGAAGUUUUCAUACUCGGAGAAAGAUUCUGCAAAAAUGUAUUUAGGACCAAACAACUUUUCGCCACCAGAGUGAUACAAGCCGUGGUGGCUGGAUUAGUACUCGGGACCAUAUUCUUGAAUGUUGGCAACAAUCAAGACCAUGUCGAUUUACAAACCCGAAUUGGGUUUUUUGCGUUCAGCCUCACUUUCUUGCUCUCCUCGACAACCGAAGGCCUGCCGAUAUUCCUGCAAGAGAGACGAAUUCUAAUGAGAGAGACAUCAAGGGGGGCAUACAGAGUAUCUUCUUAUAUCAUAGCAAACACCCUAGUGUUCCUCCCUUUUCUCCUCAUGGUUGGUCUUCUCUACAGCACCACAGUUUACUGGCUCGUGGGUUUAAGGCGGGAAAUCGAUGCUUUUCUCUACUUUUCUCUGCUGGUUUGGAUGGUUGUCUUGAUGUCAAACUCUUUCACAGCAUGUUUCAGUGCUUUGGUGCCAAAUUUCAUCAUGGGGAACUCGGUGAUCGCUGGGUUGAUGGGAUCUUUUUUUCUGUUUUCCGGGUAUUUCAUAUCGAAGGAAAACAUACCUAAUUACUGGAUUUUCAUGCACUAUUUGAGUCUUUUCAAGUACCCAUUUGAGUGUUUUAUGAUCAAUGAGUAUGGAGGAGAGGAAGGAAGAAGAAGAUGUGUGCAGAGUGCAAAUGGCGUCUGUCAGUUAUAUGCAGAUGGUUUCUUACGACAGCAGGGUGUGAAGGAGUCACAGAAAUGGAGCAAUUUAGGUGUCAUGUUGGGUUUCAUCUUAGGUUACAGAGUGUUCUGUUUUCUGAUUUUGUGGUACAGAUGUUGCAGAACUGGAAAAUAGAUGGUUUUGUGUUGUUUUUGUUUUUUUGUUUUUGAUUGGACAAGCUACAUGAUUAAAAGCAAUGCUCAAUUAGUACACAUUAAUGUGUGUUUAGUACACAAUAAUGUGUGUUUGGAAAAGGAAAGAUUGGACAAGCUUUAUGAUUAUUUAGAAAAAUUUAGAAAUUGUUUAUUCAUGUUGUGUGUAAGAUGACUUCAAUCAGUUUAUGCUCCAUUUUUUGGGUGCUUUGUUUCUGUUCUUUGCUUGGGAUUAUAUUAAAACUUAUUAUUUUAUUUUCAGUUUUGGAGGAAAGAGUUCUUGAAAAUUCAGAAAACAACUUCCCAUGUUUCUGGAAAAGAUGUUUUGGUUGUGUUUUAGUUUUCUACUUUCGUUUCCCAGAAAAAUUGUCUGGCAAACUUUUUCAGAUUUUUUUUUUAAACAACAAACUUUUUAAGAAAUAACAAAAAAUUAUUUUCGAUUUUUCUUUGCACACAAAUGAUACCAAUGGUUGUCUUCAAACUUUUCAUUGUUUUGUUUCAGGAAAGCAAGAAAAAAAAACAAAAAAACAAAAAUGGACAAAACAAAACCAGAACCAAACAGUACAGGAAUGAAACAUACACUGCCCAAGAUAAAGAAACAAGUUAAAAACAUAGGUACACCACAUAACAUAACCUGAAAUGCAGUGAGACAAAAAAACAAUAUGUUGAACUUGUGUCUACUUCCAAGAAAACAAACUACUGUCAAUGUCAAACCUUUGGUCUUUUAGGGUAUGACGAUACCAUAAAAGAUGCAUACUGAUAUAUGACUAGGAAAGGGGUAAAUGCAAGAAUUUUUUUUUUGAUAUUAAUCGUAAUUUCACGUACGGUACUGCAUCCAACAUGAUAGUUUUCACGGGUAGUAAAUCAACGAACAAUUACAAUGAAUUCAGACAGAAAAAGAAAAGGGUUUCACGGGUAGUAAAUCAACGAACAAUUACAAUGAAUUCAGACAGAAAAA